UUAUAUGUAUAGCUAUUAAAAUGUUUAGCAAACAUAUUUUCAUUUCGUUCGUCAUAAUUUUGUCCCGAGUUCCGCUUCACAGCACUCAGUACGAGGGCUAUGGCAGCAGCUACGACAGCUUCCAAAACAUGGGAAGUGUCCCCAUUGGUCUGCUCACCGACCAGAACACGGAUCAAAUGAAUAUUGUUUUCGAUCAUGCCAUCGAAGUGGCCAACCAGGAGGUGGGCACAACGCUGACGUCCCUCAAGGCGGAGGUUAACUACGGUGAUGCCUAUCAGAGCUACGGUAGACUGUGCAGGAUGAUGGAGACGGGCAUUGCGGGUGUUUUUGGACCCUCUUCGCGGCACACUGCCGUCCAUCUGAUGUCCAUAUGCGAUGCCAUGGACAUUCCCCACAUAUACUCCUACAUGAGCGAGUACGCGGAGGGCUUCAAUCUCCAUCCACAUCCAGCUGACCUCGCCAAGGCCCUCUACAGUCUCAUCACAGAGUUCAACUGGACACGAUUCAUAUUCCUCUACGAAUCGGCCGAUUACCUAAACAUUCUGAAUGAACUAACCACGAUGUUUGGGAUGAACGGACCCGUGGUCACGGUCCUGCGCUACGACAUGCACUUGAAUGGCAAUUACAAGCAGGUCCUGCGGCGAGUGAGAAAGUCGGUUGAUAAUCGAAUUGUGGUCGUUGGCUCCAGUGAGACAAUGCCAGAGUUCCUGAAUCAGGCGCAACAGGUGGGAAUCAUCAAUGAGGACUACAAGUACAUAAUUGGCAACCUCGACUUUCACUCGUUCGACCUGGAGGAGUACAAGUACAGUGAGGCUAACAUAACAGGGCUGCGGCUGUUUUCCCCGGAGAAAAUGGCCGUCAAGGAGCUACUCAUGAAAUUGGGAUAUCCCAGUGACCAGGAUGAGUUUCGGAAUGGCUCCUGUCCCAUUACCGUGGAAAUGGCUCUCACUUAUGAUGCCGUUCAGCUAUUCGCAGAGACCCUGAAGAAUCUACCAUUCAAGCCAGUCUCCCAGAACUGCUCCCAGCGCACAGAGAGUGUCCGGGAUGAUGGAUCCUCCUUCAAGAACUAUAUGCGAACGCUGCGUCUCACGGAUCGCCUGCUCACCGGACCCAUAUUUUUUGAGGGAAAUGUCCGCAAAGGAUAUCACCUGGAUGUGAUUGAGCUCCAGCCCUCGGGUAUUGUCAAAGUAGGAACUUGGGAUGAGCAGCGCGAAUACAGAGCCCAACGCCUGGCGGCCACCACAGCGCAAUUCGACAACAUUGACAACUCUUUGGCCAACAAAACAUUUAUUGUCUUGCUUUCGGUGCCGAACAAGCCCUAUGCGCAGCUGGUGGAGACUUUCAAGCAGCUAGAAGGAAACAGUCAGUACGAGGGCUACGGAGUGGACCUGAUCAAGGAGCUAGCCGACAAACUGGGCUUCAACUUUACCUUCGUGAACGGUGGUAAUGAUUAUGGAUCGUAUAACAAGACCUCCAACGAAUCCACGGGAAUGUUGAGGGAAAUUAUGAUGGGGCGGGCAGACUUGGCCAUAACGGACUUGACCAUUACCUCUGAGCGAGAAGAGGCCAUUGAUUUUACGAUACCUUUUAUGAAUCUGGGUAUAGCCAUUCUCUACUUGAAACCACAGAAGGCUACUCCUGAGCUCUUUACGUUCAUGGACCCGUUCUCUGAAGAGGUUUGGUGGUUCCUGGGGUUUUCCUUUUUGGCCGUAGCUUUGAGCUUCUUCAUAUUGGGUCGCCUAUCGCCCAGCGAAUGGGACAAUCCAUAUCCAUGCAUUGAAGAGCCUGAAGAGCUGGAAAAUCAGUUUACAAUUGGCAAUUCCAUUUGGUUUACAACGGGUGCUCUGCUCCAACAGGGUUCGGAAAUCGGACCAAAAGCCCUGUCCACUCGAACGGUGGCCACUUUCUGGCUGUUCUUUACCCUGAUUGUUGUUUCGUCAUAUACCGCCAACUUAGCUGCCUUCUUGACAAUUGAAAAGCCGCAAAGUUUGAUCAACAGCGUUGACGACCUGGCUGACAACAAAGAUGGUGUGGUCUACGGAGCGAAACGUACGGGUUCCACGAGGAACUUCUUUUUGACAUCCGAGGACGAACGAUACAAGAAGAUGAACAAAUUUAUGACCGAGCAUCCCGAACACCUAACAGAGGAUAACCAAGAAGGCGUGAGGCGAGUAAAGACCAGCACCCACUAUGCCUUUCUGAUGGAGUCUACAUCGAUUGAGUACAACACGAAGCGUGAAUGCAAUCUGAAGAAGAUCGGCGACGCUCUGGACGAGAAGGGAUAUGGCAUAGCCAUGCGGAAGAAUUGGGGACAUCGGGACAAGUUCAACAACGCUCUCCUGGAGCUGCAGGAGCAGGGCGUGCUGGAGAAAAUGAAGAACAAGUGGUGGAAUGAGGUCGGCACAGGCAUUUGCGCAACCAAAGAAGAUGCACCCGAUGCCACGCCCUUGGACAUGAACAAUCUGGAGGGCGUGUUCUUCGUUCUCCUCGUGGGUAGCUGCUGCGCCUUGCUGUACGGCAUCAUCAGCUGGGUCUUGUUUGUGAUGAAGAAGGCACACCACUAUCGCGUGCCGCUGCGUGAAGCCCUAAAGGAGGAGUUCCAGUUCGUCGUCGACUUCAACAACUAUGUGAGGGUUCUCAAGAGCUCCGCGUCCAUCUAUUCCCGCAGCCGUCAGUCGUCCAUGUCGGCGGCAUCCGUGGCCCAAGACUCGCACACGGCGGACAGUUAAUUGCAUGAGAUUAUAUUCGUAGA